UUAUGAAUGCAAGCUGUGUCUGACUCUCCACAACAACGAAGGCAACUAUCUCGCGCACACGCAAGGCAAGCGGCACCAGCAGAACCUGGCCAAGCGAGCAGCUAAGGAGGCACAGGAGGCUCCGGCGCUGCCCCAACCCGCUCGGCCCAGAGUGAACCCAAGGAAGACAGUGAAGAUCGGUCGACCUGGUUACCGUGUUACCAAACAGUUUGAUCCUGAAACGCACCAACGAUCGCUGCUCUUCCAGAUCGAGUACCCAGAGAUAGAGGACGGGGUGAAGCCACGCCACCGAUUCAUGUCUUCCUAUGAGCAGCGAGUUGAGUCGUGGGACAAGAACUUUCAGUACCUGUUGUUUGCAGCAGAGCCGUACGAAAUCAUAUCUUUCAAGAUCCCCAGCACAGAGAUUGACAAGACCCCAUCCAAAUUCUUCUCGCACUGGAACCCCGAUACCAAGACAUUCACAAUGGUGGCUGCUGAGAUGGCUGCUGCUGAGAUGAUGGCUGCUGGGAUGGUUGCUAAUGAAGUGGUGGCUGCUGAUAUGGUGGCUGCUGAGAUGGUGGCUGCUGGCAUGGUUGCUGCUGAAGUGGUGGCUGCUGAUAUGGUGGCUGCUGAGUUGGUGGAUGCUGAGAUGGUGGCUGCUGAGAUGGUGGCUGCCGAGAUGGUGUCUGCUGGUCUCCUCUGCGACCACUCCUCCUUUGCCGCCGCACUUCCAUCCUUGCCAUUCUGGCUCGUUGUGCCGCACCCGUCCGGCUCCGUAACCCAUCCCCGCCCUCUGGCUCCCUUGCACGCUGGUCGGCUCCCCGUUCGCCACGGGUCUGCUGCACACGGGCCUCUUCGACCCCAAAGAGGUAGUUCGCCAUUGCAGCACACUCGGCCCAGCAUCUCCUCACGAGUUUGCCAAACUUCCGCUUCGUGCAGCAGUUUGCGAGCUUCUUGA